UCCCACACCGCCUAGGAGGGCAGUAACACAAACCAAUCAUCCGACACACAUUACCCCGCUCUACACCGCUCGUCUUCAGCCUAGUCACUCCGUUCGAAGCGUGUCUCGCACGCCCCCUCUUCCCGAGUCGACAUCUUAGCUCUCCCCCUACCUACAUCAUCGACAACCACUCCGUUCUAACGAGCCCCUUGCCAUCAAAUCUGUACUUCCGAGCAGCAUCUCCGAGUACUUCUGGAGAAUGGAUUCAGUCGCAAAUCCCGGAGAUGAGUCGCAAGUCGCAAGGACGGCCAGGAAGAAGGUGAAGACGGCCCGGAAGAAAAAGACCAAGAUAGAGAUGACUUCCUCCGGGAGAGGUCGUGAGGAAAUACAGGGUUUCGAAAGUAUCGAACGUUCCGGCCCGUCCCGUGUGCCCCCGCCACCGCCCGCGCCCGAAGCACUGGUUGGAAGUACGCAGUGGGCGGUGAUCGGAAACCGGUCCAAGUUGAUGGCGGAUUCGGCGAAGAUACCUGCCGAGCGGGACAUCGCUCCCUUAGUAUUGCCAGAUUUUAGGGCUGAGCGGAUACCUACCGAGCGGGACGUCGAUGACACAUGGCUGGAUAGCUGGGAUGGCAGGAUCCAUCGAUGCAGUAACUGCGAUAGGCCCUUUCGAGAUCAGGCCAGACUGGCAACGCACAUUCGUGUCCACCGCGACGGCGCCCCUAAGAUCGAGACGUACACGAGGCCGCAGACGGCCGCCAAUACUAGCUGGGACCUCGAAAACCUCGAGGAAAUCAUGCUUGGUGGAGGCGACCUGAUACUCGAAACAACGGACUAUGAUGGAGAGCCGGUUGGGUACCUCGUGGGGUCCCAGAUCCUUUGCAAUUCAUCACCGGUGUUUCGUGCGAUGCUGGGACGAUAUUCUACAUCGAAGGAAGCCAUCGAUAUGCGGCGGGCGGCUAUCCUCGGACGCCCACCUGCGGUGAUUGAGUUGGAGGACGACCAUAACGCACUUGGGCAGGUGUUGAAGGUGCUGCAUCACCGAUAUGACUUGCCGGAGGAGGACAUUGAUUUUGAGGAGCUUGCCACAAUCGCCGGGAUCUGUCUCAAAUACGAACUGCGCAGGUCAUUACAGGCACUGGCCGAUCGCCUUGUUGACUCGCUGUGUCUUAAAGAGAGUCUAGGGCGCUGGCUAUAUUAUGAAAACUGUUUGCUGAUUGCUUACGUCUUUGAAUACGAAAAGCUAUUCGCCUCUUGUACUAAGCAAAUAAUUCUUGGCGACUCGUGGCUAAAUGACGCACCCGAAAGAGAGGAAUUUAUGCCCCUCUCUGAUAGUAUUCCUCUCCACGUCAUUGAAAGGAUGCACCACGAGCGAGCUCGCUUCGUGAAAAUCCUCCGGACGCAAAUAAAAACACUUCAAACGGAAUGGGGUACCCCAUUCUCAAUAAAGUGCCUGCGGAAUAAGAAUCAGAGGAAAUGCACGACACUCGGACUGGGGAACCUCCUGAAGACUGUCGUUGAAUACAAGCUCAACGAGACGGAAACUUGGAACAAACCUCUAUCGAAGAUCACAGAGCAAUUCAAUGAAAUUGUCCCUCUUUCCUUAGAUUCACACAUGGAAUGCGAUUGGGCUCCACCACUCAUUAAACUUGCAAAUAGUACCUAUCAAGGUGUUAAGGGAUUGUCACUAUCGGACGUUCGUCACUCGGGUGGCUAGAAUUCAGCACCCCUAACUAGAGGUACAAUGACCAUCUGCAAUGUCUUGUUAAGACUCGGAUAAUAGUAACGCUAAUGUAUAGAUGCGUCCAUGUUGAGG